CUGGAUUAUAAUCCAAGGGUUGAAAACAAUGGCACUCCUCCCUUAAGACCCCAUCGGCGCCCCGUCUUUUCCUCUCCCGCUCUCGUUCUAUUCCUUUCCGGGCUAGGGUUUUAGGUUUCCAGCCGCUCUCUCUUCGCGGCGCUCCGCUUCCCAAAGGCUUGGUAAGGAUGGUAAGAGUCAGCGUCUUGAAUGAUGCUCUUAAGAGCAUGUACAAUGCCGAGAAGCGUGGAAAGAGGCAGGUCUUAAUUAGACCUUCUUCAAAAGUGAUCAUCAAGUUCCUUCUGGUCAUGCAGAAGCAUGGAUACAUCGGUGAGUUUGAAUAUGUAGAUGACCACCGAGCUGGCAAAAUAGUGGUUGAGCUGAAUGGGAGAUUGAACAAAUGUGGUGUUAUUAGUCCUCGCUUUGAUGUGGGCGUUAAAGAAAUCGAGCCCUGGACUGCAAGACUACUUCCAUCACGGCAGUUUGGUUACAUCGUGCUCACAACAUCUGCGGGCAUUAUGGACCAUGAAGAAGCUAGGAGGAAGAACGUUGGUGGAAAAGUGCUUGGCUUUUUUUACUAGAUUUGGCUUUCUCUAGACAAAAAGGAUCGACUUUAGCAAUCCUGAUUAUUCCUAUAAGGAAUUUUGGAAACUAUGCAGCAGUUGUUUGUGCUUUUGGUUUUCUGAGGUUUAAUUUUGAUAUUGAAUGUAGUAGGAGUUCGAAGACGCACUCUUGAUUGUCAUGUUCAACUUUUUGUUCAUCUAAAUGCUGCUUUCUGCUGCUUUUAGUUCUUUCUGGGGAGAUGCUGUACACUGGGGCUAUUAAGUUUUUUUUUUUUUUAAAGGAAAUAACUUUGACUGCGCAAAUUUGAUUAUGGGUUUCAA